AUGCCGUCUUCAAACGAGGCUGAGGAGCCUGGGGAGACAACAGCUAUAAUUUCUACUCAUCAAUUCCAGCCUCCACAAAUUUUGCGUUUUAUUUCUAAUUCUGAAAAUGCUUCAUUCCAUUCAAGACGACGUAGAAUUAAUAGAAGAUCUACCUCUAGAAUGAAUUCCCGUGAAAGAUUGUUGGCUAUGAAGGGGCGCAGUUUAUAUUCUAAGGCUGGAAGUCAGCAAGCAAGCAUGUCGAAUGCAGGUCUGACGGUUUCUCUAUUCCUUUUGGCUGCAAUUUGUGGUGCACAUUUACUUCGGACAACAACAACUGACCUCACAGAUGUAUUUAAAAAAUCUUUUUUCUCUUCUGAUAUUCAAAUAUUCAUCAAAUCUCUUUAUUCAAAUAUUCCUCAUCAUCAACCAUUCACUUCUCAACAACUCCAUAAUUUUGAUAUUCAAACAAAAAUUUCGCAAAAUAUAAAUGAACGGUUUCAAAGAUUUGUAGAACGUUUGGAAGAAUAUGUUCCUUCUACGAUUACCUCAGCUUCACUAAAUGACUGGACGAUUUUUGGACAUUUGGGUGAAAGGCAAGAAUUACAGGUUAAUGUUCUUCUGGCUGAAAGACGUCGUAGAACGGUCCAACGCCAACGUAGUCCAACACCAAUUCCUCAAUCAAUUCCUUCACCUCGAUUUAUUAAUCGACAGCGUAAUACUUCUUCAGCUCCACCCGAUUCUCUUAGAAGUUGGGCCCAUUUGUCUACAUCCCCAACAUCGAUACAACCAUCUACUUCUGAUUUUGGUACAAAUUCUAAUCAAAGUGAUGAACCAACACUUAUGGAUUAUGAUGCUAUUGAUUCUUAUUGGAGAUGGGAUAUUGAGCAAGAAAAGGGAGGAUUAUCGCCCUAUCAAAGAUUAAACGAUUUUGGACAACAAUUAAAUGAAGAUUAUUAUUAUUUAAAUAAUGAAAGAAAUUUUCAAGAGACAGAUAUUCUUUUUGAACGUGAUAUUCAAUUGCUUACAGAGAAGGGUUUACUGCCGGACCAGACUAAUUUUCAAGACAAUUUAAAUGACAAUGAAGUUAAUCUUUUGGCUAAUUUCUCUAGAACUCUCAGUUUUGAUGGAAUUAUUGAAAAUCAAAAUGAAAAUACAAAAUGGAAUGAUUUAUUACAAUUACCUACAAGUUCUCUUUUUAUUGACGAAUCAGAAUUGCCUAAUAUUCCAAUUCAUUCUCCUUUUCCAACAGAAAAUAAUCAAAAUUUAAAUCAAAAGGAUUCUGUUCCAAAUCAAAGAGAAUUAGGCUGUUCUUCUAGAGAAUCUAUUUCAGCAUUAUCUGAUAUUAGACAACCUAUUUUAUUUAAUGACGUUUCGUUGGCCCGUUGUUCUUCCUCAUCGGCUUCAAUUGGGGAGAAUAGCGAUAAUGAAGAAAUGGGGAUGGAACGGCAACAAAUGCUUGAAGAGCAAUCUUUGCAACAUUCUAUUACCAAUCAACAACAAUCUAUUCCACUAACAGAUAAUUUUUCUGAAAAAGGAUUAACCGAAAAAAAUCAAAAAACUGAAAAAGACGAGGAAGCAAAGGACGAAGCUGAAACAGAAAUGCUUUUAUCAGCACUCUUUCCUCAAUUAUUUUCCCCUCUUCCAAUUAAUGAUCCAAGGUCGUCCUCACAACAAAAUUCUCCAUUAUUUUCCGAUGGAAGUUUAGUUAACAAUAGUGAAGUUGAAGCAAUUCUACAUGAGUUGGCAGCAGCAGAGGUUAUUUUAAUGAACAGUACCCAAACGUUGACCCAAAACAAUUUUUUAUCAAAUCAACUACAAACUUCAAUUGAACAAAUUGCAAACACCCACCAACAACCUUCAUCUUUAUCGCCUUUAGCUUUACCCCUUUCACCUUCAGUUGGGCCUCUUUCACCCAUUUUUGAACAUUUUAAUCAAACUUUAAAUAUGAAUGGUUCUCCUCCUUCUCUUCCAUUUGACGCUAAUGGGAAUUCUUUUAAUCUUUUUGGGGCUCCACUCAAUCUUUAUUGCAACACUACUGUUCAAAAUAGUUGUUCACCUACUACAAGUUCAUCUUCUGUCGGGUUGCCUGUCACCGAUUCUAAUAUUGUUUCAUACAAUUCUCCAACAGAAGUAGUUGGUUCUUCAGAAUUAUCUAACAGUGAUUCUUUUGCCUUCCGUUACGAACAAAAAUUAAUUCCAAAAAAUUCUGAUAAUUUUCAAAAAAUAAAAAAUCCGCCAAUUAAAAGUUUGGAAAGACAAGUCCCAAUGAAAGCUAAAGGAAAAAGAGGACGAAGAUCGAAAGAUGAUUGUGAGUUGUUAAAAUUAUUUGCGAUUAGAUUUUAUUUGGAAUUCAUAAACAUUAAUACACGGUUAAAUCCGAUGGGAGAAAUUAACAAAGAUACCGAAUUUUAACAUAAAAUUUUCUCGAAUAAAUUCUGUGUAUAUUAACGUAAAACCUUAAAUCAAGGUUGGCGGAUAGUUGGAAAUCAACGGAUAUCCGGAUCCGAUAUUCGAACCUAAAAUUUCCGGAUAUCUGAACUUUUUUCGGAACCGGAUCCGCCAACCUUAUAUACAUAGUACUACAGC